CAGCCGCUCUCAGUCGUCCGAUCCAGCCAUCACACCGUCGUUUCCGUCCCCUAUAAUUCUCCUCUCGUGAUUAACGAUCGCGCAUUGACCUCUCUUUCCUUCACCAUCCAUAUCCACGGCGGCAUUUCCCGGCCGGUUAAUAUGGUUUUGAUUAGAGAUAGUUGUAAAAGCUUAGGCUGUUAGUCUAAGAAUCGGAUUUGCCCUCUCCGUUUCUCUUUUUUUUGCAGUAAAUGGGCUGCUUUCAAUCAAAGAUAAAGAAGCAAUUCCCUGGAUAUGAGGAUCCUAUAAGUCUUGCUUCAGAAACUGCUUUUAGUGUCAGUGAAGUGGAAGCAUUGUUUGAGUUGUACAAGAGCAUAAGCAGUUCUUUGAUUAAUGAUGGGUUGAUUAGCAAGGAGGAAUUUCAGUUGGCUAUUUUUAAGAAUCAAAAGAAGGAAAGUCUAUUCACAAAUCGGAUCUUUGAGUUAUUUGAUUCUAAAAAAAGGGGAGUCAUUGAUUUUGGUGACUUUGUUCGAUCACUCAAUGUUUUUCAUCCCAAUGUCCCACAAGAGGAGAAGAUUAAUUUUACAUUUAAACUUUAUGAUAUGGAUGGUACGGGCUUUAUCGAGCGACAUGAGGUCAAGCAAAUGUUAAUUGCCCUUCUAUGUGAAUCUGAAUUGAAGUUGGCUGAUGAAACCAUUGAGGCAAUACUUGAUAAGACAUUCUUGGAUGCAGACAUCAAUCAGGAUGGAAAGAUAGAUAGCUCCGAGUGGCAAAAUUUUGUGUCCCGUAAUCCAUCCUUAUUGAAGAUUAUGAACCUCCCUUAUCUCAGGGACAUAACAACGACGUUUCCAAGCUUUGUUUUCAAUUCUGAAGUCGACGAGGUGGCUACAUAAUUAUACAGUAAUGUAGGGCUAAACAUGUUUCUGUGAUUGUUGUGAAUUUUCGAGACGUAUUAGCAGACAUCAUUGUACCAAUUAUGCAGCUUACCCCUUUUUCAAUGACAAGAGCUAGUCAAAUUAAGAUUGCUGGUGGAUUGUAUGUAGUCAUAUUUGGGGACCUUUCCUUUUCGUUAUUAAUCGACAGUCCAACACGGAGGGCAUUUUUGUUACUUAGCUCCAACUUCCAAAUCGGGAGGGCAAAAUCAAUGAAAAAAUCAAAAAAAAAAAUAGGGGGGAGAAAAGGAGUU